AUGCUCAUCAUCACCCAAAUCCCCGCCGCCCACUGCGGUCCCUCGCCCGACGAGCAAAGCCACGCGGGCAAGAACCGCUUCGAAUGCCGCACGUGCCCCUACCAGAUGGUCCUCGACCGGCGCUACUACGAACGCAAGAAUCAGAAUCUCAAGAAAGUAGACGAUAUCCUCGGCGGCGCCGAUAGCUGGCAGAAUGUCGAUCAGACGGAUGGUGAGUCCCCGCCCCGCCCCGCCCCGCCCCUUUACUUCCAGACUGGGUCUGUGUCCAACCACCCUGGAUCCAAGAACCAUCCAUCCAUCCAUCCAUCCAUCCGUGCAUCCAUGGCUGCUGACUCUUUGUCUGUUCGUGUGCAAAACAGCCAAAUGCGCAAACGAAAACUGUGACUCCCGCCGCGCGUAUUUCCGUCAAGUCCAGAUCCGCAGUGCGGAUGAGCCCAUGACGAGCUUCUAUAAAUGCGUCGUGUGUUCCAGAGAGUGGAGAGAGAAUUAG